GCGAUUGGAGUCGAACGCGUCAGAGUGUGCGAGGGAGUGCAAAAUGGUGUUUUUCUCAAUGGGUAUUAUAGCCAACAGGUGGUAGACGAAUUCACAGUUGUUCCGGGAUGACUUAGUGUGUUAAAGUGUUUCGCAAAUUGCAGAUACAGUGCAAUGUGGACCAAUAAGUGAUACCAUUAUUCGUCUGUCAUCGAGUUUUCUUGCAGGUCUACAAGCGGUAGAUGCGUCGAAAUAUGUUAAGGACAAGGCGGAGGGACAACAAUGUAAAACCUAACAGAAGGGAUUUCAGUUUGAAAAAUAGGUUAGAUAGAAAAUCGUCGAGAGGGAUGUUGUACGAAAAUGAAGAGCUAAGACUGAAAACCAUCAACAUCAACGCCGAAAUCGAACGAGGUCAGUCCGACAUCAAAAAAUUGAAACGAGAGAACGAGAUGCUGAAAAAGGAAAUAUGGUGCCUGCGCGACGAAUACGACAAACUGGACAAGCUGCUCAAGGACAAAAAAUUGGACUUUUCCUCGUCGUCUACCACGUACAGCAGUUCGAGCGAUUCGGAGAGCUGCUCGAGCUGCACCGAAGAGUCGGAAGAGGUGGAGACCUCGCAAAACCUCAAAAACGUGCAGAAAACGAACCUCAAAAACAUCCGCGAUCAGUUCGAUCACCUGUCGGUAGUUACGGAGGAGACGUCAUGCGAGAACUCGGAAGGGAAUUCGGGAAACAGGAGAUCGCUGCCAGGCGGUCAAAACGUGUGGAACUACGACGACAAGGACGUCCUCAAAGCUGACCAAAGUUACCCCACGACGUACGACAAUGUAGGGCAGAACCGAGCUCACACCCUCCCCAAUCAACUACAGAUGAAUUUUUUCACGCCUAUUCAGAGUUCUAAAAGUUUCGAUGAAAACCAGUUCAAUCAGUCCAGAGAUAACACUCUCUACCCGGAAGAUUUCUACGACACCCAAACCACGAACAGGAAUAUCGUGAUGGAUUCCAUAUCAGAUCACGCGACUACUCCGCCACUGGCUAUUUCCCCCGACACUCCCGCCUACGAGGGCGGACCACAACAUUUCGACAACGAAACCAACUUCCUGAGCCGGAAAAUGGUGAGGACCAACGCCAACAACUUUUACCAGAACAUGGUCCUGGUGGCGCCCAAUACGGUUCCCCCGCCAGAGACGAAGAGCAUGGAGAAAAAGGCGACCGACCUGAUCGUCAAGAUCGACAACAAGAAUUUCAACGGCAAGAGUUUGACUUACAGCAACACGACGCCCAGUACCACAUUUUCAAACGGCGGCAACUUGGAAGAACUGCUGCACGACAUAGAGUCUAUUUCGCAAGAUAUACUGAAGCUAACAAAUUUGCAGAAGGGGGUGCUGUCUCCCAUUCCAGAACCCGACGGUUCGAAUUUUUUCCCAGACGUCCAAAACCGAGACCUCACCUACCUGCACAACCCGAUCAUGGAUCAUCUAGUUUCCGACGUCGGUAGUCGUGGCCACGUCGUCGACGACAAGGUCCACAAAAGCGAACUUAACGUGGUGCUGAUGCCCAAAGCUAUGCCCCUGAUCGGAUUCGACAAGUACAAGAACAUCGAACGGAGUUUCGAAAGGCUGAACUCGGAUCAUUUGGACGAUGCGUCUGCGUCGCAGCAAAAUUUAUGUCUGAUCCCACCCCCUUCCGCCGAAACGGCACCCGAAACCGCCGCCACUCUGACGGAAACUGCCGAAGCCAAUCCGUUCUUCUUCGGCCAUUUCAACGACAACUACGUCAACGCAGACUACUUCAACAUCAGGUACAACCCGGAAAACUUUACGAAAAAGGACGAAACUGAUCAAGGGGAAGGCGCGCAGAAUGUAGAAAACGACGAGAAUAUCGACUUGAAGACGACCGCGACGAAAGAAAAGGGGAAAAAAUCGGAAGAAAAUCAACCAAAGUCGCCGAAACUGAGCAUCACCAAGAAAGUGUCGAUCCACUUUAAGGGCAAAAAAGAGAAGGAGAAAAUGAAAAAGGCGGCGCUAGAAAACGAAGCUAAAAACAACGUCAAAUACGCCAGGCAGGAUAGCAAAAAGUCGUCCAUUUUCGAUUUACGGUGUGACACUCGAUUUGGGAACGACGCGUCACGGGAAAAGACGGAAGCGAAGGACCAGCCGAGCCACGCGAAACAAAAAAGCGCGGACAAAUCUAAGCAGCUCCAUCAGAAAACGCCCAGCAUGGAGUCCAGGAAAUCCGCAACGGAGGCGUCGAAUUUCGAACCUAAAACCCCCACCUCGACCGAUUCCAGCGACAAGAAAACCUUGCCGAACGGAAAAACGCAGGAGGCGAAGAAGGAAAACGAAAGGAAAUCGAGGAAAAGUACGUCGGUCAGCCCAGACAGAGGAAAACACGUCCACGUCAUACCUGAUGCGUCGUACAUGAAGAAACACAAAAAGCACCGCAGAGAGCGUUCGGGCGUGAGACAGAGGCGUGCUUCGGUGGACCACAGACUACGAGAACGUUCGUUUUCGGUAUGCACUGACCGUUCGAUUCUAGACUCCCGUCUCGGGCUAGCCUCGAGCCUAGGGGGCUUCAUCUACGAGGACUACUCGGACAGGGAGCGGACCAACAGCGGUUCGUCUUGCGAUUCCAACCAAACUCACAGGAAACUGUCGGCCAUUUCGGUUGUGCCGCUCAAUGGGAAAGUGCCUUGGUGCGGGUGUUGGGGGAACGGGUGUUUGUGACGUGAGAAGAACUUCAAGUGUCGUCAAAGUGGUGAACGGAGAGACGAAGACUUAAUUUAAGACAGUAUUGAUGAAGUUUAAUGUCGAAGACCUGGUGUAAAUAUUUUAUCUCUUUUUUUUUAAGAAAAUAGAUAUAUUUCCAUGACGUAAAAUGGUAAUGAUGGUAAAAUAAAAUUACACAAAACUUCAAUGCAUAUGAUGACUUUUACAUAUAGUAGACAGAAAAAUUUAAAGGCUAAUUGGCCUAUUAAUGGUGUAUUUAAGGAAAUUCCACGUUUAGACUGCAACAUUAACAAUAAACACACCUAUCUGUAGGAAAAUAGAAAAGGGAGAA